AUAAAUAAAUUAUUUUCCAGACAAGGAGCGGAAAAAGCAAUGCAAGACGGAGUUGGAAGCCGUGCUGAAAGAAAACUGGAGGCAGAAGGAAGACAAACGAAUGUCCUUCGAAGUAGGACCUUUGGAAGGCUUCUGACUGGAGCAGAUCCAGAAGAAAUUAAGGAGUCAGAGGUGGGGCCAGAGCAAAGCAGUGAAACCCAUUGGCAAGAGUUUCUGAAGGCAGUUCAGAGCCCUCAAUCUGGAUGGAAACAUCCACAAUUGUCUCAAUCCCAAUCAAAGGAAGUGUUGAAUGGCCUUCACGCCUCCCUCUCGGGGGAAGCUGGAGCCAAGCAGGGGCUUAGUGAGAAGAUGGCGUCCCACGGCUUGCCGGGUCUCAGGGGAGGACCUCCAGGGGUCUCUGAGUCUUCUGUGGAAAUGAAGGAGGAGGCUGUGUAUGAAGAAGAAGGACUUGAUUGGAAGAUGGAACAACAGCAUUCCUGGGAAUUCUGGUUCCAGAAUGACAAAGGAACUCAAGAGCAAUUCCAGGUACUUGUCUCCAACUUGGAAAAGGAUGCAGGAGAAUCCAGGAAGGUGCAGCCACCUAGCAAAACUCGCCGAGAAGGUAAGAGAAAGACGCUGACUGUUUCCAGUAAUGGAGAAGGGAAGCUAAACCUGGGAGGAAGUAUUGAGUUGAAAAGUUUGGAGCGUGUGGAAGUGAAUAAGACAUUACAGGAGAAAGCCCAAAGUAAUGAUUUUCUGUUUCAUGACAAGGCAGAAACACCUGGACAUCAGCAGGGAGGAGAAGAUCAUUUGGACUGCAGUCUAGGGCUGGUAGGAAAGCAAUCCUCUCUCUGUGAGGAAGGAGACAGUGGUUUGAAUGAAAAGGCCAUUCAGCAGGGGAUUAAGCAGAUCUUUGCUCUCCUUGAGAAUCCAAGGAUGUCAGGGGUGCAGAAGCCCCACAAAUGCUCAUAUUGUGGGAAAAGCACAAGCUGCAGAUCACAGCUGAUGAUGCAUGAGAGGAUCCACACCGGAGAAAAACCGUACCACUGCUCCGAGUGUGGCAAAAGCUUUGGUCGAAACAGCUCCCUGGUGGUUCACCGAAGGACCCACACCAGAGAAAAGCCGUAUGAAUGCUCCGAGUGUGGGAAGGUUUUUCGCUGCAGCUCCCACCUUUUUAUCCAUAAAAGGACCCACACCGGGGAGAAGCCCUACCAGUGCUCUCGAUGUGGCAAAAGCUUUAGUGAGCAUGCCACCCUGGUGAUACACAAGAGAACUCACACCGGGGAGAAACCGUUUGAAUGUCCAGAGUGUGGGAAAAGCUUCAACACUAGUUCGAAUCUUACCAGCCACGUGAAGUUGCACACGGGUGAGAAACCCCACAAAUGUUUGCAGUGUGGGAAAAGUUUCAGUCGGAAUUCCAACCUGGUGAUACACCAGAGGAUUCACACAGGAGAGAAACCGUAUGAGUGUCCGGAUUGUGGGAAAGGUUUCACAACUAGCUCUAAUCUAAUAAGUCAUGUAAGUUUGCACACGGGGGAGAAGCCAUUCAGAUGCCCAAACUGUGGUCAGCGUUUCAGUCACAACUCUACUCUUAUUAAACACAAGAGGACACAUACAGGAGAAAAGACCAUCAGCGUUCUGAUUGCAGGAAAAGCUUGAUCAUCCCCCUAAGACCUUGGAAAACUUCCAGGAGUCCACCCAGGAGAGAAACCAUUGUUUGUUUCCAGCUUGCCGGAUUAUUUUCAGCCAAAGAGCCAAUCUUAUUAGACGUGGGAGACUCAGCCAGAAGAAAUGCUCUUCAUACAAAAGGAUUUGCUUGCAAAAACCAGUAAAUCAGUAGGUGGGAAAGCUGUGAGGGGCCAAAGAGGAUUUCAAGAAGAGCUUUGUGAAAACAAAGAAAGCAAAGAAAGAAUAUGAAAGUAACUAUGCAGAAUAGAAACAUUCCAAAGGUAUCAAAACUGUUCUUAUGGUAUCUAAUGUGAUGUUAUAAAAAAGAAUCGGGGGGGAAAAAGUGAUAGGUGUGCUCUAGUUUCAGCCAAAGCUUUAAUUAGGAAUUGUGACUAAAACAGCAUAACAGAAGCUGUUUUGGAGGAGAUACAGCAUAGUGAGAGAAUUGGGAGGGAUCUCAGGGUCAUCUAGUCUAACCCCUUUUCAGGGCAGAAAGUCCACUGCUCCAGCAUUAAGUGGCCUGAGCUUCACUUGCAACACAUUGUUCCUGGAGUGUGAGUGAGGACCCACUGAGUUGCUGAAACACCAUGCAAGAUUGUAGGGCUUAUAGAAUGUGCUGUGAACGUGAUUUGAAGUAAGUGCAAACAAAGCUAGUUUUGGACUGAAGCCACUGAAAUGCAAGAAAUGGGUAACAAAAGUGUAUAGAUAGCCCUCGCUUAAUGACCGCUCAUUCAGCGACUGUUUGAAGUUAACAUGGUGCUGAACAAGGAGACUUAAGCCGUUCCUUGUAGUUGUGGCUUUCACAGCAUCCCCACAGUCAUGUGAUUGUGAUUUGGGCACUUGGCAACCGUGGGUGAUUUGCUUAACGACUGCAGCUAUAACUGAUGUUGUAAGUCGGUGCAGUCACAUGUGACGUUUCACGUUACAACUGCAUCGUUUAGCAACAGAGUUGCUAGGCCCCAUUGUGGUCGGUAACUGAGGACUACCUGUAUCGUAUUUGUAAUAUAGUAAUUAUUGCAGGUUAUUAAAAAAACUUCCUAUGGCAAACCAGUGUCCAUUUACCACUUAUAAGUGUAACAGCUCCAAGGUAGUAAGAAUUGUUGCAUUGCCCCUGCCUGGGUGCUGUUACUGUCCUGUAAUGUUUCUAAAGGUACCCUGGUUCAUGAGAACCAUUAGUUACAUCACGACAGGCUCUAAUGCCCCUCAGAUUGGACAGGUUGUUGUAGUUAAUUUCAUUAAAUGUGAUCCAUGCAGAUGUGUGUGCAUGUAUGUGUGUAUAUACUGUAUAUAUAAUAUUAUUACAUGGUUCUUUGGAUGUAUGAAAAUGAGUAUUUAAUAGGUUCCAGUGCCUUCCUUUUAAUUAAAGUAUAAAUAAUGUACAGAAGUGGCUGCUUCUUAAUAUCCAUGUCUUAAAUAUCUGUAGAAAUGUCUUCCCCCCAGAAAAGCCUAAGUGAUGUUUGCAGUUUGUUUGACUAUAAUAUUUAAGUAUUCUGCAGUGUGUUGUCAUCUCCAGAUCAAAUGUUUCCAUUCAUUUG